GUCAAGUCGGCCAACUUGGUGGCAUUGCGUGCAAGAUGCAGAUCACGUACAAGCCGAUCGCGGUGUCCGAGGCGGCAGCUGUCCAUGCCAUCGAGGCAGCGUCGUACCCUGCGGACGAAGCUGCGUCGUUGGCCCAAAUCAAGAUGCGUCUGAAUGUCGCCGGAGCAUACUUUCUCGGAGGGUACGAGGCAUCGCAUGGACACUUGGUCGGGUUUGUGAACGGGACGCUGGCUCCACGCCGCGAAUUGGAAGACGAAACGAUGUCGCGUCACGACCCGAAUGGACGAUACCUGUGCAUCCAUUCCGUCGUCAUGGACGCUGCGUAUCGCCGUCAAGGCCUCGCGUCGGCCAUGCUCAAGGCGUACGUGGACAGAAUUGUAGCUGACCAGCCGCAUGUGGAAGCGAUCUUGCUGUUGUGCAAACCAUACCUCGUUCAAUUUUACGUCCAGGCUGGCUUCCAAGUCACGCGUCUGUCGCCCGUGGUCCAUGGCAAGGAUGCGUGGCUCGAGUGCGUGCUGGAUUGCGUCAGCGCCCGCCAGUUGAAAAUCAUCCAAGUAGACGCAUUCACGUCGGUGCAUUACGAAGGGAAUCCCGCGGCAAUCGUGCCCAUGACUGCCAAGCAAUUUGACGCCGCCACAGAUGCAUGGAUGCAGGUCGUGGCCCAGGAAAACAACUUGAGCGAAACGGCGUACGUCGCGCCAACGUCGAACCCAUCCACGUAUCGAUUGCGGUGGUUUACGCCAGCGAUGGAAGUGAAUUUGUGUGGUCAUGGCACACUGGCCACGGCCAAGGUGCUGUUCGAAGACGGCUACGUGAGCAAAUCGUCGACGUUGGAUUUUGAAACACGCGGUGGCCGGCUGACUACGCGAUACUUGCCCAACGGCGAAAUCCAAAUGGCGUUUCCGUUGUGCGCCCCUGCACCACUCGCCGACGGCUCGAACGACCUGAAGCUUGAUAUUCUCGCGAGUUUGCAACUAAACGACGCAGACGUGGUCGCAUGGGCCAUGUACGGGAAAAAGAUUCUGUGCCACGUCAACCCGGAUCGGUUUGCCACGCUUGGCCCGGUCGACUUCACUCGCCUUGGCGCAUUGGAUGCACAGGGGUUGAUGGUCACGACCAAGGGCGGGGACGCAUCCGGCGUAGAUUAUGUGAACCGGUACUUCGAUCCUCGCGCUGGAGUCAAUGAAGACCCGGUCACGGGAAGCGCGCAUUGCGUGUUGGCGCCGUACUGGGCUGCGAUUCUAUCCAAGUCGUCGCUCGUCGCCCGGCAAGUGAGCCAUCGUCCUGGCACCCUUCGACUACAAGUCGACACGGACCAAGACCGAGUCAUCUUGCAUGGCGACGCCGUGAUCACCAUGCGCGGUGUGGUCGUGUAGUCAAGUGAUCGGCAUGGAAUUUUUCUUCAAAUGCCAACGCACACUGCACGUGUUGGCAUGGCGUUGGUUUGUGUGCGUGCGGCGAUUGCCAGUGUUCAUCGCUGGGCUGUUCGAAGCAUGUGGUGUGUGUCCUAGAUCACGUUAAUAGGCACUUGAACCUGGAAACUGCGCUGGGAAUGCCAUGUCGAGCUUUGCGCCGUGCGAGGAUAUAUGCACUCGCCUGGAA